CCCAGGAGGGACACAGCUGUGCCUGGCUCCAGGACCCAAAGCACUGCUGUCUAGGAGGGCCACCCCCCUUCCACCAGCAGCCCAGAGCCACAGCUCAGCUGCUGCCAAGCAGGACACACCGCCAGUCACAGGCACCUUUGAGGACGCCAGGAUGCACACGUCUCGGGCGCUUGCCUGCCUCGUCCUGGGCCUGGCCCUCGUCUUUGAGGGAGGGUCCACCUUGCACGCUCACGAGUCCCAGGUGGCCCAGCUGGCCACAGACUUCGGAGUGAAGGUGUUCCGGCAGGUGGUGCAGGCCUCCAAGGACAGCAACCUGGUUUUCUCGCCCUUUGGGGUGGCCUCGGUGCUGGCCAUGCUGCAGGCGACGACAAGCAGAGAAACCCGGCAGCAGAUUGAAGCGGCAAUGGGAUUCAACAUCGACGGGAAGGGCGUGGCCCACGGUCACCUUCAAGUGUACAAGGAGCUCAUGGGGCCGUGGAACAAAGAUAAGGUCAGCAUCACCGACGCCAUCUUCGUCCAGAGAGAUCUGAAGCUGGUCGAGGGCUUCAUGCCCUACUUCUUCCGGCUGUUCCGGACCACGGUCAAGCAGGUGGACUUCACGGAAGUGGAGAGGGCCAGGUUCAUCAUCAACGACUGGGUGAAGAAGCACACGAAAGAUAUGAUUGGUGACUUGCUUGGCGAAGGGGCUGUGGACCAGCUGACGCGCCUGGUGCUGGUGAACGCGCUCUACUUCAAUGGCCGGUGGAAGAUGCCCUUCCCAGAGGCCGCGACCCGGCCCCGCCUCUUCCACAAGCCCGAUGGCAGCACAGUCUCUGUGCCCAUGAUGGCGCAGACCAGCAAGUUCAACUACACGGAGUUCCUCACCCCUGACGGAGACUACUACGACAUCCUGGAGUUGCCCUACCACGGGGAGACCCUCAGCAUGUUCAUCGCUGCUCCCUACAGAAAAGAGGUGCCUCUCUCUGCCAUCACCAACAUCCUGGAUGCCGAGCUCAUCAGCCAGUGGAAGGGAAACAUGACCCGCCGGACCCGCCUGCUGGUCCUGCCCAAGUUCUCCCUGGAGUCAGAAGUGGACCUCAGGAAGCCCCUGGAAAACCUGGGGAUGACCAACAUGUUCAGGCCAGACCAGGCAGACUUCACAAGGGUUUCAGACCAAGAGCCUCUGUACAUAUCGCAGGCGCUGCAAAAAGUAAAGAUCAAGGUGAACGAGAAUGGCUCAGUGGCCUCCUCCUCCACAGCCGUUGUGAUCUCAGCCCGCAUGGCCCCUGAGGAGAUCAUCUUGGACAGACCCUUCCUCUUCGUGGUCCGCCACAAUCCCACAGGGACAGUCAUCUUCAUGGGGCAAGUGAUGGAGCCCUGACCAUGGAGCCUGCCCUUGGAGCGAAACUGGAGAUGUAUCAGAGAAAAAGAAAUUUUGCUCUAAUGAUUCUUUGCAGAGAAAGAGAGGACAUUUGCCUUUUCCCUUCCGUGGUAAAUCUUUCCAAUCAGCCUCCUCCUCGACCUCAGCCUCCGUGGGAGGAGCCUGGAGUCUGACUCUGGCUGGGGCCUCGUGCCCAAGGCCCCUGGAACAUAAAGGUCUCCAACCCAGGCUGUAGGACCUGCAGAACCGCUGGCCAGAUGUGUCUGCUUAUCUCUCCGCAUACUGGGUCCUCAGACCUGGUUCUCUGCGAGGCCCUGGCAGCCCGGAACCAUGAGGCUUACUGGAGCUUGUGUGUGCUGGGUAGGAACGAUUUGUGUUCCAGUCACGCUGCUGUCAUCCCUGCCCUGUCUACUACGGCGGUGGUGGCUGGCGGCAGGCCAAAGAAGGCCGAUGGAAGGAACACGCUUUCAUUUCAACGUCCACCCGGGCGCUGACCACCGCCCCCCUCGCAGAGGGGCCACAGACUGGCAGAGCAAACGCCAAGCCUCCCUCCCCCAAAACUGUGCACAUAUCAUUCUGGAGUGUAGGUGAUUGUUUACUCAUAGAAGCAGGUUUUUGCUUCCCACAAACUAUUUCUGCAGGAAGAGAAGAAAGGUCAGAUGUGUGCCUGGCUCUUCACCGGCACCCGGCCUCCUGGUGGGGAGGGUGGGAUGCCAGGGGUGUACCUGAAUAUUUAUCACAUCCUUGCCUUUGUGUGCUUGUUAGAAAGGAAGAUGAUUACUGAGGAAAAGGUGUUAUUUAAGCUUGUGCGUAGUGUUCUUUUGUGGUUUCGGCCAUCGCAUCUCAGGAGUCCAGCGCUCCAGCCUGUCGCCCUCCGGGUGCGGACGUGCCGGGCUCCACACCGCCACCUCGUGGCUGCCUCGGCCCCACGCCUCCUCUUCUUUCCUUCCUCUUGGCCAAGGGCUCCUCCUUAGGGACCAAAAGGAUGGGGUGGGUGACAUGACAGAGACUUGAGUGAGGACAAAGUGGUUUCAAAUUUUUCCAAUAUAUUUAGAGCAGAAAUGCAAGGGGCUGCAUGACCUACCAGGACAGAACUUUCCCCAAUUACAGGGUGACUCACAGCCGCAGUGGUGACUCACUUCAAUGUGUCAUUUCCGGCUGCUGUGUGGGAGCAGUGGACACGUGAGGGGGGAUGAAAGAGACAGCCAGCUCGGACUCCAGCACCUUGUUAGAUAAUCUUUUUGGAACCCUACUAGCUGGGGGUAGGCAGGAAGGCCAAUUUACUGAAGAACUGCACGUGGCUGUGAGAUGAAUGUAAUCUAAUAGAAGUCUCGUCACCCCACCAUGCUCUCCAUGGAAGAAUCCUCAUGCUUUGUGCUUUUUCGUUUGUUUGUUUGUUUGUUUAUCUGAUCUUUUUCUUCUUUUUCUUUUCUCAUGAUAUGCACUGGACAAUGACAGCCACCCGCAGCCCUUGUAGGGGGUCCCUAAACAUGGGAUCAAAUGUUCUUGAAGUUGUGUUCAACUAUUUACGUUUUCACUUUUGAUAGAGAAAUAAAUAUGUAUUUUAAAGUAAUAAUAAAAUAAAUAUAAAGCA